AUGCUUGGCACCGGUGGCUCCUCUGGGCCUUUCCCGGAGCGCCUGGUAAGGCGGAGGGUAGGGGGCUGCCUCGGGCAGAGCUGCGAGGCGCCGAGCCCCCGCCGUGGGAGAGCGGGUGCGUGGGGGAGCUACUGCCUUUACACGCGGUUGUGUGUCAUUCCAGGUGAUGGAGGAGUGGCUGCCGGAGGAGACAGGGGACCUCUGAGAGAGCCUAACCAGCCAGAAGAUAGAGUAAUGGCAUUCCUCCUGACCACGACAGAGCACGGACUGCCGGGAGCAACACUCCCCCGGGGAGCGCUGCUGUUCCGCCCCCGGCAGCUGUCUGUCCCUCGCCGAGAGCCGGACACCACCGGCUCCGCGCCGGCGGGGAAACAGCGGAGACAUGAAGUGCCCCUUCCAGCUGACGCUGCCUGCUCUCCCAGGCUCUCCCGCCGCCUCCCUUCGUUCUCCGGCUCAGCUUCGCCCCGGGCCCCAGGCCUUUCAGCCCGGCGGAGCUGCCCGCGGCAGGGAGCGCUGCCCGGGCGAGGGAUUUGUCUGCUACAGGCCGCUGCAGGAGCAAAUGAUGAUAAUGGGAUCCACAUGGAAAAAAAUCCCUGGGGAAGGGGCUGAGAGGAGAUUAGAGCAGGGGGAUUCUCCUGGCCCUGUGCCCUGGCAGGUGGAGGUCGGUGAAGCGGAGGAGCUCGGCUCGAAAAUAAAGCGUUGGACUAAGACCCUCUAAUUGGUGGGUACCUUUUUUUUUUAUAUUAUUAUUUUAUUUUUGCUGCGAUUGAUGCGGCUGUAAAGCGACGCUGCUGUCACCCUGCUUUGACAGGGAACCCUUCUGAAACUGGGGAGGAAAAAAGACCUCGCCAUCCCCCACUUCUUCUUCGGGUCUCCCUCGCAAUCCCCGAGGGCCACUUCGCUUUGCCGCCAUCCCCGCCCGGGCGACAGCGCAAAUCCCUUCGGCUGAAGGGGCUCCGCUGAAGCCCGGGAGGAGGAGGGUGAGGACGAUGAAGGGCAGUUUAUCGGCGGUAUUAGGUUUAACUACCGACGUAGUAAGACUCCCAGGAACAGAGCCAACAGCAAGAUCACCGGGCGCUUGGUUUCAUUUGGGUGUUUGCAGAUCUAUAUAAAUGCGGGACCUGCCGGGUUUUAUAAACAUCUUUCGGGACGCAGUCAAUCAAUCAUACCGGCAAGCAAGCAGACCAGGAGCCGAGGGUAUAUACAAGGCAUAAAUAUCUACAUAUAAACCCUGUCAGCUUCGUAGUAUUUACA